AUGCCUAUAUACACCAGAGAAACUAAAAAUCCAACAGUGCACGCAGUAUUUUUGCUAGCAUGCAACCUUAUGCAGAUGCAGGCGUCAAGCAAUGUGCAUUGCUCAGGCAGCGACUUGGACAAGGCAUGCGACAGAGAAGUAUAUGAAAUCAUGUUUUUUGGCCAGGAGAUUGACAGCCUUGUGGAAUAUUCUUAUUUUCUAGACAUAGAUGCCGAUUUAAGCCUGCCUGUGAUUUCCGAUGCUGAUCUACGCGAGCUGGGAAUAUGCCAGGAUCCGUGGGAGACACAGUAUGUAGGGGACCUAGAGUUUGUGCAGCCAGACGUUCAGUCGGAAAUAGAAACGCAGCCCAAUAAAGGAGUGGCGCCCGAGAAUCCGGACAUGCAGCAUUUUCAAAAGGCCAAAUGCGAGGAGUGCUGUCCGCUGGAGAGCAUGCCCAUUCAGAAUGACCAGGCCGAGGGCGCGCCCACAGACAAGAGCUUGAGCGGGCCCGUUAAAAACGAGUAG